AGCUGUCAAAAGGACGAAGCAAAACAAAAUCUUCCAAAAAAGUGUUUUCCACCCGAACUGAUUACGCAAAACUGGACUGCCGUGUCCGAAAUUAUCGCCGGAAAUGAUCAUCAGCUCCUUCCUGCAACUGCUGCCCUUCCGCAGCGCGGCGCGCACCAUACACACAACGGCCGCCUGCAGUGAAAUCCGCAAAAUGGCCCGGCUUCGAGUGGUGGACAACAGCGAAAUCGGGAAACGUGCGAUGGCAGAAGGACGACCGCCAAAGUGCAUUCACGUGUACAACAAGCGGGGUGUUGGGAUGGUCGGUGAUAAAGUGCUCGUGGCCAUCAAAGGGCAGAAGAAGAAGGGAAUUCUGGUGGGAUGUCGCCAGUUUCAGAAACCGAAAGUACCCAAGUUCGACACAAACAACCUGGUGCUGAUCGACGACAACGGAACACCGCUCGGCACGCGGAUUCACGUCCCGAUACCGACAAUGUUACGCACGAUUUUAAAGGAAAAAACACAGGCCAAGGGAGCCGAUUACACCAAGUUACUAGCCAUAGCGACAAGAUUUAUUUAA